AUGACCACCAACCAAGCACUGCUGGACGAAGCCAAGAAUACCAACCCAGCACGGGCGGAAAAGAUUUACAAGCAAAUCCUCGUCUCAUCAGCAUCGCCGUCCGGUGUCGAGAGAGAUCAGGUACUGCGAGACCAAGAAAACGCCAUGAUUAAACUUGCAGAACUAUACCGAGAUCAGCGAAAUGCACAAGGGCUGGCAGAGGUGAUCACCCUCUCGAGAUCGUUCAUGUCGUCUACCGCGAAAGCUAAAACGGCAAAACUCAGUUUGUGCCAAUGCUCCGGUUACUGUAUUGAAACUCACACCCAAAUUGACGUUCUACUGGAUAACAUCGACUGGUCGAAACGCGAGAAACGGAUAUUCCUCAAACACAGCUUGGAAAUCCGUCUCGUCUCACUCCAGCUGGAAGUUUCGCAGUUUAAAGCUGCUCUGACACGGAUAGAUACGCUUCUUACUGAACUCAAGAAACUGGAUGACAAGAUAAUCCUCACCGAAGUCCAUCCCCUCGAGAGUCGUGUCUAUCGCGGCAUCGGAAACUUGGUAAAAGCAAAGGCUGCCCUCACAUCAACUCGGACGGCUGCUAACUCAAUAUACUGCCCACCACAUUUACAAGCAGCUCUCGAUUUACAAUCUGAGAUUCUUCACGCAGAGGAUAGAGAUUACACCACUGCCUACUCCUACUUCUACGAAACGUUUGAGAACAUGUCGUCUCAAGAUGACCCGAGCGCACUGAAUGCAUUGAAGUAUAUGCUCCUAUGCAAAGUCAUGUUGAAUCUCAGGACGUCACCACUCUUUUAUCCUGUCAAACUGGCGGUGAAAUAUGCUCAACUGCGUGAGAUCGAAUGCAUGCGUGCGAUAGCGCUUGCCCACCAAAACCGUAACUUGGCUGAAUUCGAAAAGGUGCUAAGGGAUUAUAAAGAUGAACUCUCGUCGGACCCAACAAUCCGUUCGCACCUCGCGGCGCUUUACGACACGCUUCUCGAACAGAACCUGUUACGCAUCAUCGAACCUUAUUCCGUCGUCGAGAUCGAUUACGUCGCCAAACAAGUCGGCCAAGGUCGACAGGACGUCGAGGCAAAGCAAGCUUUCUCACCAUACACGAUGUACUCGCUGUCCCAGAUGAUACUGGACAAAGUGUUUUAUGGCGUCCUCGAUCAAGGAAAGGGACGUCUAUUAGUCUUUGACGAACCUGAAGUAGACGAUACGUACGGUGCUGCAAUUGAUACACUGGAGCAGGUUGGGAAGGUCGUGGAAUCGUUGUAUGCAAAGACGGUCAAGAUUGCAUAA